CUUUCCAUCCCUUGGUUUCCCCGACCCUGCGCCACGCGGGCGUGGUGGCGGGCGUGCCGACGCCGUUUGACGUCACAAGGGGCGUGGCUGCCUGGUAGUCCACCGGCGCGCGGGCGCGUUCGGCAGUCGCAGUUUGGGACGCGGGGCGUGCGGUUGCAGUUUUCUUUCCCUUUUUGCUGUCACAGCCGAUUCCUUCUCCGAGUCCAGGAUAGACUGGGCGCGCGCCCGCGUGUGUGUGUGUGAGCGGGACUCAGGACAGAGGUGUCCCCUCACUGUCUUUUUUUUUUUUCUUCCUUUUAUCCAAAGAAGGCAGUUCUUACCUUUGCCUCCCGGUCGCCCAUUUGGGAGCCCGGCUGGCGUGCGGAGUGGUUCGGGUUUUAUUUUUGUUUUCUUUUUUUAAUUUUGAACUUGUGAGCGCUCCCCCCCUCCUUUUUUCCCCCUCUUCCCCUCCCCCCAAUUUGGGCUCAGUGCCGCCAGCGCUGGUUUCCUUGAAUAACCGCAUUCUGCCCAUUCUCUGGCAACCCUAGCCUCAGUUUGUCCCUCCGCCCUCGCCCCUGGACCGGGAGGGUGGGAAGCCUUGUCCCCGCCCUUCCCGUCCGCGUCUCGGCAGCGGUAACCGCACCUGCUCAAUAUGAAUGGGGUCAACGACCCACCUCUUUUUAUAAAAGAUAUUAAGCCCGGACUGAAAAACUUAAAUGUCGUCUUUAUUGUCCUGGAGAUAGGACGCGUGACCAAAACCAAAGACGGCCAUGAAGUCAGAUCGUGCAAAGUAGCAGAUAAAACGGGCAGCAUCACUAUUUCCGUGUGGGAUGAGAUUGGAGGUCUCAUACAGCCAGGGGAUAUUAUUCGGUUGACCCGAGGAUACGCAUCCAUGUGGAAAGGAUGUCUGACACUUUAUACUGGAAGGGGUGGUGAACUUCAAAAAAUUGGAGAAUUUUGUAUGGUUUAUUCAGAAGUGCCAAAUUUCAGUGAGCCCAACCCAGAUUAUCGAGGACCGCAGAACAAAGGGGCACACAGUGAACAGAAGACUAAUUCCAUGAAUAGUAAUAUAGGUACAGGUACAUUUGGAUCAGUGGGAAAUAGCCUUCAAACUGGCCCUGAAUCAAGGGGAUACCAACUUUCAUAUGCUGGUGGAAGCAAUGUCCGGGGACCUAUCAAUACACAGCUACCAGGAGCUGCUAAUAAUCAAACAGUCAUGACCACAAUAAGUAAUAGCAGGGACCCUCGGAGAGCCUUUAAAAGAUGACCUAUGCCAAAUAGUCACAUGUAGUUUUUAAACUACGUGCCCUACUUGAACACUUAGUGCACUUUUAUUUAUUGUUAACUGUGAAAAAUAUGUCCUUUAUUGGUUUCCUUUUACGUUUUUGGUUUGUUAAGAAGAGUGGUUUUUUUUUAUAGCAAAACUGUUAAGCUGCUCAAGUCUCCUGUUGAAUGGGAACACUGAAAAGUAGGGGCAUAUAUUUUUAGAGCAAAAAAGUUAUUGGAUAUCCUCUAAAAAUUGCACCCAUUUCAAGGGUGAGUUAUUUAAAACAUCAGCUUUAUAGCCUCUAUGAGUCUUCUUAUGAAUUUUGUAAUAUUUCACAUAAGGCUUAAUGGGAGAUGUUCUUUGUCGUAAAUUCAGAUAUUGCCAACUAAAGCAAUAACCACCAAAAAAAACCCCAAACAAAACAGAAACUUGGUCAAUGCCAGCAAUAGUUUUUGAGUGUUUGUUACUCCAAGAAUGAAUGAUUUUGUUGAGUGACUGCCAUUAAGAUUUCCCAAGAAACGAAUCAUCUUAAAUGAAUCAUCCUAAAUUGUUUCAUUACCAAAAAAGAUUAUCAGAAUUAUGGAACAGAAUGCAAUCUGUAUUGUAAUAUGUAAGUUUUAGAAGAAAGCUACUUUGCUUUAUUUUCAGAUACUGCUCUUAACAUUUGUUAUUAGCGUGGAUUAUAUUGAAAGAAAAUUUUAAAAAAGGCCUUGAAUAUUUAUUUUUGAAUCUACCAUGUUAAAUAUUGAGAAGUUUAAUUUGAGAGAGUUAUAAAGUCAUAAUAAACAUUGAUCUAAUUAUUUUUAAAAAUAAUUUUGGUGAACAUAGUGAAGGUGAUUCAAAUUGAAUUCAUAUAUUAAUAUGCAGUCUUUAAGUUAUAGAUCCUAGGUAUUUACAGGUACUCAGCCUGAACUGAAAAUCCUAGGUGGUACUUCAAUUUGUGUGUGUUGUCUAAAGUUUCUGAACACAAUUCACAUAGCCUUAUUAAAUAGCAAAAGUUAAAUGACAAAGAAGUGAUUACAGCUUUAUUUAGAAACGUUAAGGUGGAAUUUAUUUAUGUGUCAUAAAUGGUACCCACUUCUACUUUUUACUGUAGGGUGGUUAACUGGCAAAUUUUUCUUUUGUUUAGAAUUUACCUCUUAAAUAUUUAUCUCUUGAAUAAAACUUGCAUUAAUGUUAACAGAUUUUGGAGUUUUGGAAAAUUAAAGUACUGUCAGAUGUGGGUUACUGUUCUUUCAGUCCUGCCCUCAUUUUCUUAUUUGUGAUGCUGGGCUAGUUAUUACAGUUGAGACCUUCUCUAAGUCUUUGAUUCUACAACUGUAAAAGCAAGUAAAUAAUAUUACUUCUUUGUGUAGUUAAAGACUGCAGUGUGAGAAAUUGGAAUGAUUUCUGCUAAAUAAUAAGGAGUCAAAUGUUUGUCUGAUCAUACCUCAGGAGUACAAAAAUGCAGAAUUUAGAAGUAUUGCUAUUUAGUGUGAUGAGAUGAAGUAGAAAAAUAACUUAAAUUUUUCUUUUGUGAUUGACACUGCCUCAAUAAUUUAACCUUGUUCUAUGAUUUUAUUACUUAUUAACAAGUUUCUUUUUUCUUAAGGGAAGCCUCCAAAACCAAAGCAAAGUGAAUUAAAUCCAUAAUGAAUAUUUGCCUUUCCAGUCUUCUUGGACAGCAGUCAUGAAGAAAUUAAGAGGAAGAAAGUUUCUACCUUCCUUCCUGGUGCUUUCAGCUUUCAACUGUGAAAUAAGUUUAAACAACACCUAGUGAAACAAAAAGCAUUUAGCAUAGAAAUGCACUCAGCUUAGGAUCAGGCCCCCUUGUCAUUUCUACAGAACAAAUCUGAAUUGGAUCAAAACCUGAUCAGAGCAGGUUGUCCUUCAGGCAGGGUUGGUGGGAAGUUGCUGCAGAAUAGAAACUGAAAGUUGAAAUCCAUGAGGUCAGAUGAUGAUAUUUAAUGGUGAAGGCUAAACUUUAAUAAGGUUCUCUUGUAGUGUCAAACUGUGUUUGCUUUUACACUAUAGUUUUAGUAAUUUGAGGAUACCCUGAGUAUGUGUAGUUACAAAUAUUUGUGACAUAUUUUUAUUAUUUAACAUUUUAAAUGAAUGUUUAAUUUGCUUGGUUGAAUAAUACCAAGGAAUAAUGCUACAAACAAGUAGAUGAAGAUUAGUAAAAGGUUUUACUUUAUGAUACAAGAAUUUAAAAGUAAGUGGAGGUGGUUAGCCUUCAAGAAUGUACAAUGUUGAGUUUUACAUCAGUCUGAAAACACUGGCAGCCAAUAGUUCAUAUUCUGUAUAAGAAUCUGACAGCUUAGUUGCUUAAAUGACUUCCCUUUUCAGUGUCAUUAGCAUAAUGAUUGUUGCUCCAAGCCUUUUCAGGCUGCAUGUGACUCUUAAGAUCCUUUCCUCUAAUGUGUUUGAAAGCAUUCUAGAGACCACAAACUGGAAAACCAUGAGAAGUCAUAUUUGCAAAACACUUUGCCAAGCAAUUGUGUUUUUUAGUCUUGGGAUUCCCUGCCUUAUUGCUGUUUUUUUUUUUUUUUAAGAUCUAGUUUUUCUUCUCUUUGUCUCCUGUCUGGUUGGGAGUCUGAAUAUAUCCAGUAGAAAAAGAUGGUGAAUUCUCUAGAAUGGCCAGUAAGGGGGCGUUAGAGGCAAAGGUACCUGUGUGUUGAGUUCCAGACAAUAAUUACACAUUAGAGUGAUUAAACAGUUCCACAUUUCACAAAAUAGUAAUGAUUAACAGUUCAGGUACAAUUCUGAGGAAAUCUAAUUAUGACCUUUGGAAAGCAGCUCUUGAUCGUGUGUUAUAUUGAAGGAGAAAUGAAAAAAAAAAAAAUUUUUACUUUCCAGAUACAUCUUCUGCAGAUGCCUCAAAUUUUGCCUUAAUAAGAGUGUAUGAGAAUUUGGAUUCAGAUACUGUGUCCACAUUACCCCAGGUUUCUGACCUUAGAGGAUUUAUUGAUGUUUCUCAAAGCACACACUAGAGAAAAUCCCAAGUCCAAUUCACCUGCUAAGCCAUUAAUUUAGCCUUUUUCCAUGUUAACCCUUAGACUUAAAGACACUAAGAACUUUUUAUCCAUAUUAGAUAGCCAGUAGGGUAGAAGAAUAUGAACAUUUUAACACUUCAAUUGGGAAGCAUUUCUUUUAAACUUUGUGUAAAGUCAAAGUUUUACCCACAGUUUUAUUGUGGAUCCUUAAUUUGAGAACAUAACCAACCCAAGUUUGGAUGUUUUGUCUUAUCAAAAUUUGUGCAUCUGCACAUGGGUGAUACAGUUUCUUGGUUCAUAUUCUGAAUAUAGAAUAACAUUGAACAUACUUGAAUAAAACUCGGUUUCUACACCUACGAGAUGCCCCAAAAAGUUUCGAGAAAUGGAUUGCUCCUCUGACCUAGAAUUUGCAAGUGUAGGUCUGGGAGGAAGACCUGCACUUACUCUGAAGUACCCUGCAUGUCUUCUGCUCUGGGGAUUUCCUCAUCACAAUAAGAUCACAAAAGUUUUCUCAGUUUAUUUUAUCUUUAUGAAGCUAUAGACUACUAAAUUUGGGAUUGUACAUGGAAAAUAAUUAGAAGGAUGUUCCUCAAAGCAAAGAUUCAAUGGCUGCAGCAGAUAGUUCUGAGAAUAAGAGGUUGAGUGGCCUCUGGAUAUGAGCACUGCAAAUUUUUGAAUUAGAUUUAAAGUAGAAUUAAAUAACAUCAAUGUUAAGAUCAAAUCUCUACAGCAGGGUCACAUGGCUUCUACUGAGCCUACAUGUCAAGUUAAAAGUAAGAUUUUUUUGCCCUAACCUUUGGUUAAAAACUUAAAAUUUUUUGUUGUUGCAUAUUUCAGCAAGUAUAUGUUCGUGGCAUCUAUCUACUCUUGUCCCUUAAUUCCCUAUGAUAAGAAGUCUAACCAAACUAAAAAAUAAACUGGAGCAUGAUA